CUUGUCUUUAUUAAAUUAUGGUUAACCAGAUAUCAUGUGAAUAUGCACUUUUGCAGGUGAUGGUUUGCACCUAAAGUACUUCGUUUUCACUACAUAAUGUGGUUUAUAAUGAAUGAUGUAUCUUUAGUUUCCUCUGUAGAAUAGAGAGAGAGGAAUUAUGAAACGGUAUUUUCUAUGUCCUACUGUAAAACUACUUAAACAAAAAUGUUCAAUUCAAAUGGCAAGUUGUCAGAAGUUUUCUAGUACAACAAUCGACGAGGAAGAAGCUGUAAAGUUUAAGCGUUUCUCAAAUUAUUGGUGGGAUCUCAACGGUGAAUUAAAGCCGUUGCAUUCAAUGAAUCGUUUACGUGUGCCGUUUAUUCGAAAUGGUCUUUGUCCUCCUUCAACAGUAGAGUCGACCACGGAAUCGAUCCACUUACCGUUAAUGGGUAAAAAGAUAUUAGAUGUUGGUUGUGGUGGCGGUAUUCUAACAGAGGCACUCUCCAUCUUAGGUGCUCAAGUGUUAGGCAUAGAUCAAGUAGAAGAGAGUAUAAAUGCCGCAAAUGAACAUGUUGAAGCAACUUCACAUCGUUGGAUAACUCAUCCAAGCCUACAUAAACCAGUUUACCGACUAACCAGUCUACAAACUAUUGCUGAAGAAUCACCAAAUCAUUUUGAUGCAGUUGUUGCAUCGGAAGUUUUAGAACAUGUAACUGAUUGGGAAGGCAUGGUGAAAUGUAUAGCGAAUUGUUUAAAGUUAGACGGUAUGAUGUUUAUAACAACAAUUAAUCAUACUACAGCAUCACUGCUAUUAGGCAUUGUAGUGGCUGAGUAUAUUGCUGGCCUUGUUCCACGUGGUACUCAUGAAUGGAAUAAAUUCAUUGAACCAAGUCGACUACAGUAUGCUUGUAUUAAAUAUGGUUUACAGCCACGUCAAGUUGCUGGUAUGCUGUACAAUCCUUUAACUUGUCGAUGGUCAUGGACUUCAAAUCUAUCGGUGAAUUAUGCGUUAAGUGCAAUGAAAGUGGAGAAUUACACAAAAAACGAUCAUGAAAUUAAACAAUCUACUUAAAAAUAUUUAACUCAUAUAAAAAAUUUUGAAAUAGGCAUGUUUGUUUAAAUUGUGCUUGUUUCUUCCCGGAUAGGAUGAUGCGCUUUUAACGUGGAUCAAUUUUUUUGUUUGUUUACUAAACGACUUUUACAAUACAAUCUUUCAUAUUCAUAUAGGAAGGUUAUUCAUAAUUUCCAUUUUUCCAUACACAACUUCACUUUCUUUGUUGUAUAAAUUUUUUUAUUACUAGUCAUUUUAUUGCACCUCUUGGAUAGUCUAAAUUCGAAUGUAAAGGCUGUUUGUAGUCAGCUUGGCCAGUUAUCCUAGUUUUGUCAUAUUUACUGUCUUUGAUGCCUUGAUGUUGUAGUGUGAAACAAUCGAUUUCCACUUUCUCAUAUAUGUAUUUUUGUGUAGCUUUUUGUUAUCAAUCAAUAAAAAUGUGUAAAGGUGGAAUAUCAAGGUUUGUAAUUCUGGG